CAGGCGGCUGCAACAGCUGACACUGCUAGGGGGCUCUACAGUUCCGGCAAAGCUCUUCUGAGUUCACAACUCAUACAAGCUCUCUCCUUAGCUGCUCUCUAUGGCUCUCCUGACCUCUAGGGGUUCACUUCCUGUUGGAAGUGCUUCUUUUCCUGCAGCAGGUAUAUGCAGCAGGCUGGCUCUUUGUUACCCACUGCACUCCUCUCUCCCUAGAUGCUUCGAAGACAACGGUAGCCACCUGACUUAACCUUCAGUUUUCAAAGAGUCUUAUCCUAGCCAUAGAAAAUGAUCAAGCCUGGGCUUGGAGAAACAUUUGGGGAGCGAAUUCCCAUCGUUGUGAGGCUCUAAAGCUUUUCUCGCUGUUCCACUGCUGUGCCUUGUGAAAAUCUGAUCUUACCCACUGAAUUGAAGCUCGGUUAAGCAGAAUCUCUUCAAAUCUGAUCAGAUCUGAUUCAGCGGUAUGAAGACAAAGCUGAUGCAGUUUUUGGGAGUAUAGCAGAAAAACGUGGUGAGCUUGUACCUACAGAAAUGUCUGAGAAAACUGUUCACAACCUAACCCCUGCCUUCGACAGCAUACCGUACAGAAUGCAGAAUCGAACAGGAUCUACAAACUCCUUGCUGGUUGACAGUGAUUACUUCUUGAACUCUGGGGAUCUUACAGGGAUUCCUAUUGUUGGGAGUGACAAUGAGGAUGAGCAAACUUUUCCGGCAAAGGAUAGCCUCCCUUCGCGCCCUGAAGAUAGUCGGGGAGAUAUGAGGAGGGUUCGGGAUCAUGCAGUGGACAAUGAGAAAGACACACAGAUGCAAAAUGUGAUUCAGAAAGACCUCUCUUCCCCUUUUGACAAAGGGCCCUCUGUAUUUAAGUCUGUUCGGAAAGAUUUUAGCAUAGGAAGAGAUGAUGCUAAAGAUAUUUUUUUGACAAAGGAGAAAGCCAGAGAAGGACCUUUUCAGGAGCAUGACAAACGAUUGGAAAAAAUGCCGAAGGAAAUGGAUUCCAGAUUGAAAAGCAGUUUCCUCGAUAAAUCAGUUACUAAUCAAGUGGAUGAAACAUUACGGACACAGUUGGCACCACAAACACCAGAAACUAACUUCAGGGAGUCUAGCUACCUGUUUGCUAAUAAGGAAUCCGUUGGUCAAGAGCUGGGGAAUUCCUAUGCACCAAAUAUUAGAAUUAAGGAAGAGCCUUUGGACAAUGACUACGAUAAAGCUAUUGCACCUCAGCAGGGGCUGCUGAACAAAAUUAAGGAUGAACCAGAUAAUACUGAGGAAUAUGGCCAGCAGCCAAAAACUCAGGAAGGGGAACUGAAGAUCAGUGCUGUGUUUUCAGUCAGUGGCAGCCCUCUUGCUCCACAGCUGACUUCCAAUUUCCCACCUAACACACCAUCCUCUGGCAUGAACAAACUGCUUCCUUCAGUCCCGAGUACGGCUGUUCGGGUUUCCUGUUCAGGCUGUAAGAAGAUCCUACAGAAGGGGCAAACAGCCUAUCAGAGGAAAGGCUCCACUCAGCUCUUCUGCUCCACACUGUGCCUCACAGGAUAUACUGUACCAGCCACAAGACCACCAGCUUCUUCCAAGAAAACCUGUUCCAGCUGCUCAAAGGAAAUUCUGAAUCCAAAGGAUGUGAUUACUGCUCAGUUUGACAACACUAACUCCAGCAAGGACUUCUGCAGCCAGUCGUGUCUAUCCAUGUAUGAGCUGAAAAGGAAGCCUGUCGUCACCAUUCACACAAACAGUAUUUCCACCAAGUGCAGCAUGUGCCAGAAGAAUGCAGUGAUUCGGCAUGAAGUGAAUUACCAGAAUGUUGUGCACAAACUCUGCAGUGAUGCCUGCUUCUCCAAGUUCCGCUCAGCAAACAACUUGACCAUGAACUGCUGUGAGAACUGUGGGGGUUACUGUUACAGUGCCUCAGGCCAGUGCCACAUGCUUCAGAUCGAGGGGCAGUCCAAAAAGUUUUGCAGUUCAACGUGUGUCACUGCAUACAAACAGAAGUCAGCAAAAAUCACUCCCUGCGCACUGUGUAAAUCUCUGAGAUCUUCAGCUGAGAUGAUUGAAAGCACAAAUAAUGUGGGGAAAACAGAGCUCUUUUGUUCUGUGAACUGCUUGUCAGCACACAGAGUCAAAAUGGUCACAUCUUCAGGUGUCCAGGUUCAGUGUAACAGCUGUAAGACCUCAGCCAUCCCUCAGUAUCACCUCGCUAUGUCAGAUGGCAGCAUACGCAAUUUUUGCAGCUAUAGCUGCGUGGUGGCUUUUCAGAACUUGUUCAACAAGCCUGCGGGAAUGAACUCGUCAGUGGUGCCCUUGUCACAGGGCCAAGUGAUUGUCAGUAUCCCCUCAGGAGCCACGGUUUCAGCAGCGGGCAGCACUACCUCCACAGUUUCCCCCAGCUCGGUCAGCAGCUCAGCCGCAGCUGGUCUCCAGAGACUCGCCGCUCAGUCCCAGCAAGUUACCUUUGCCCGCACUGUCGUCAAACUCAAGUGUCAACACUGUAGCCGCCUGUUUGCAACCAAGCCUGAACUGCUCGAUUACAGGGGUAAAAUGUUCCAGUUCUGUGGCAAGACCUGCUGCGAUGAGUAUAAGAAGAUAAAUUGUGUCAUGUCGAUGUGUGAAUACUGCAAGAUUGAGAAGAUUAUCAAAGAGACUGUGCGAUUCUCAGGCAUUGACAAGUCAUUCUGUAGUGAAGGCUGCAAGCUGCUGUAUAAGCACGACUUAGCCAAACGUUGGGGGAACCACUGUAAGAUGUGCAGCUACUGUUUGCAGACAUCUCCCAAGCUGGUUCAGAAUCAUUUUGGGGGCAAGGUGGAGGAGUUCUGUUCAGAAGACUGCAUGUCAAAAUUCACAGUUUUGUUUUAUCAGAUGUCCAAAUGUGACAGCUGCAAAAGGCAGGGCAAACUUGGCGAGUCCUUGAAAUGGCGAGGGGAAAUUAAGCAUUUUUGCAACUUGCUUUGCAUUUUGAUGUUUUGCAAUCAGCAGUGUGCAUCAGAUCCACCGCCACCUCCACCUCCUCCACCGCCGCCACCCCCACCCCCACCUCAGAACAAUACAGCAAAUCUUUCCAUGGCACCAACGUCCUCGGUGGGGCCCCCUCCAUCUCUCAGGAAGGAUUCUACUCCAGUUAUAGCAAAUGUGGUGUCCCUGGCCAGUGCUCCUGCUGCCCAGCCCACCGCCAAUUCCAAUAAUGUUUUGCAAGGUGCAGUUCCUACUGUGACAGCAAAAAUUAUUGGAGAUGCAAGUACUCAGACGGAUGCUUUGAAGCUUCCUCCCUCCCAGCCUCCCCGACUUCUCAAGAACAAAGCCUUACUGUGCAAGCCUAUAACACAGACCAAGGCCACCUCUUGCAAGCCUCAUACGCAACACAAGGAAUGCCAGACAGAAGAAGAAGAAGAAGUUCCACCCAAAAUAAUCAUGGUGCCUGUUCCUGUACCAGUGUUUGUGCCAGUUCCUCUCCACCUCUUCACCCAAUACACACCAGUUCCGCUGGGAAUGCCAAUACCCGUCCCAGUUCCUAUGUUGGUUCCAUCUGCCCCGGAGAAUACUGGCAAGGCAAUAGAAACCAUUCCAGACAUCAAGGAGAAGAGCUCCGCCAAUGCAUUUGAGGCAGAUCUCCUCCAGAUGGCAGAAAUGAUCGCAGAGGAUGAGAAGGAUAAAGAACACUCUAGAGGAGGCUCUCAAACAUCUGAGCAUGAGCUGUUCCUCGACCCUAAGAUAUUUGAAAAAGACCAAGGCAGCACAUACAGUGGCGACUUAGAGUCCGAAGCAGUGUCGACCCCUCACAGCUGGGAGGAGGAGCUGAACCACUAUGCCUUACGCUCAAAUACGGUGCCUGAGCCUGAGCCCGAGCCGAGGCAAUUCUCCAAAGGAGAGCUGGAGCAGGACCUGGAGGCUGAUUUCCCUUCAGACUCCUUUGACCCGAUCAGCAAAGGGCUGGGUCUUCACUCACGUGCGCGAGCAAGGCGGAGACACAGAGACGGUUUUCCACAGCCAAAAAGGAGGGGGAGGAAGAAGUCCAUAGUAGCUGUGGAGCCCCGGAUGCUUGUGCAGAGCUCAUACCCAGGCUGUUCCGUUUCCGGGAUGAGUCUCAAGUAUAUGUAUGGGGUGAACGCCUGGAAGAACUGGGUCCAGUGGAAAAACACACAGGAAGAGCAAGGAGACCUCAAAUUUGGAGUUCGACCUGUGAAGCUCAAAGAGGACAUCCUUUCUUGUUCUUUUUCGGAGCUGAGCUUUGGCUUAUGCCAGUUUAUCCAGGAGGUACGACGACCAAAUGGUGAGAAGUAUGACCCUGACAGCAUCUUAUACCUGUGCCUUGGAAUUCAGCAGUACCUAUUUGAGAAUGGUAGAAUAGAUAACAUUUUUACCGAGCCCUACUCCAGGUUUAUGAUCGAACUUACAAAACUGUUGAAAAUCUGGGAGCCUACAACGCUUCCAAAUGGUUACAUGUUCUCAAGAAUCGAAGAGGAGCACUUAUGGGAGUGUAAGCAGCUGGGUGCCUAUUCCCCCAUCGUCCUCCUGAACACGCUGCUUUUCUUCAACACCAAAUACUUCCAGCUCAAGAAUGUCAGCGAGCACAUGAAGUUGUCCUUUGCCCACGUCAUGCGACGCACCCGGACCCUGAAGUACAACACCAAGCUGACCUAUUUACGCUUCUUUCCUCCUUUCCAAAAGCAGGAGGUAGAAUCAGAUAAAUUAGUAGGGAAAAGAAAACGCCACGAGGGCGAAGAUGUCCCAACAGCGGUGGAAAUGGUUGAGAACACUGACAACCCCUUGAGAUGCCCAGUUCGGCUCUAUGAAUUCUACUUGUCAAAGUGUUCUGAAAGCGUGAAGCAGAGAAGUGAUGUCUUUUACCUCCAGCCAGAGCGUUCGUGUGUCCCCAAUAGCCCCAUGUGGUAUUCCACUAUGCCAAUAGAUCCUGGGACUUUGGACAUCAUGUUGACGCGUAUCCUUAUGGUAAGGGAGGUGCACGAAGAACUUGCCAAAGUCAAACCAGAGGACUCUGACCCUGAGCUUUCAGACUAAAGUUGGGCGAAGGGGGGCAUUAUCUCUUUUUGGAUUUGUUUUUGUUUCUUUCCCUUUCCAAUACACCUUGCAAAAGCACCAAACUGUGAACGCAUCCAUCCUUUGGAAGACUUCCUCCGUCACAUCACACAAACCGUCAGGAGGAGCAGCACGAGCUGUGACAGAGUGCAAAUAAGAAUCAAAGGACAGAAAACAGCCCAAAGCGCAAGAAAACGGAGGGCUCAAUGGCUGCAUUUGAUCCUGAAAACGCUUUCUUAAGAUGAGCUUGAUGCUUGUCCCGCCUCCUCCCCUCCUCAAAACAAAGUGGUGCUUGUAUCAAUUGUAACCCGUUAAGGAUUUUUUUUCCCUUAGAGGGAAUCCUGUUGUGUACGUCCUUUCCUUCUAACCAUGGAAGCAAAGAAAGCUAGAUUAAACCCCUGGGUGCUUUUGCAAUGUAGCUGCUGCCCACAGCUGUGUGGGUUUUUCCUAACAUUUACUGUAGGAUGCGAAGCAGAACGUAGUAAGGUGGAAACCAAUGGAAAUUCUGUCUGUAAGAUAAACACACCAAUUUUCCAUCAUGUUCUCCCCCCACUUUUUUAUUUUUUAGUUUUUUCAAGAGAGGGAAAAAGAAAACACCUCAAAUUGGAUGUUCAAAGAGGCGGUUUCAGCCAGAAGCUGGGGCAAAGGACUCCGCUUAGUGGGGUGCUGUGAAAUUCCCUCCCUUUUGAAACGGGGGGUCUGUUGCAUCCCUCACUGAGCAGCAGAGUAAAGCUGAGCAUCCUUUGAGAUCACUAUGUUGAGACAGGAAAUGCCCAUGAGUGUGUGUGUGUGUGUGUGUGUGUGUGUAGGCACUCCCAACUACUACAGACAGGGUUGACACAGGAACACGCACACCCCACACUGGACCAUUAUACUGGUAUCAAAUGCCAAGGUACACAGCAACGGUUCUGGAGGAAUUGUGCUCCCUGUUCUGUUCCUCCCUUUUCAUUUUUUCUCCAACCCAUCUCAGUGGCAGCUUCUCCACUUCUUUGUCUCCCUUCUGUGAUAAAUUUUUUUUUUGUAUACCUCCUGGAGGGAUGAGGGUUUGUGGGCCUCGCAAUUUUAUUUUAUUUUAAUUAUCGCACCCUUAAAAAAUGGAGCCCAGCUACAAAAUGAUACUUGGGUGAUCCUUCGGUGAAAAAGGACAUGAGGCCCAAAUUUAGAAGAGAACUUCUGGUAUCCUGACUGUUAGGCUUUUACUACCACCACCACCACCACCCCGGUCAAAAUCCUUCCACAUUAUAAAAAAUGCAGGGUGCUUAUCCAAAGCUUGGUCAGAUACAUUUCACCAAUCCCUUCCUCAUGUGUUAGACUGUAUUUUCUAAGUCCUGCAGUUCAGUUGGAAAGCCAACCUAUUUUUUAAAAACAGAAAAUAGUAUGUUUUUAUUGGCAGUUUUGUCCAGCCACCACCUUCCUUUUUUAAAAAAGAAAUCCUCUAGUUGAAAACCUCUCCAGGGUUGAACACCUUGUGUGUGUGUGUGUGUAUGUGUGUGUGUUUGAGUUAUUAUUUUUAACAGUAUCAAAGGUAACAACAAAAUAAGAUCAGAAAGUAGUCCUCUUUUGCCGUUGUGUACUUGAUAGUCCUGUCCCCUGCCUGUAAUGAAGUUCACUAGUGUAUUUUUGAAAUACGGAAAAAUGUGUGAAAUAGGGGUUUUUUAAAAAAAGCACCUGCCCCCUCCCCCCAAUUUCUGUAUAAUUCUGAUUUUAUCUCUCUCUUCCCCAUCCCGCAAUGUUUUUGUUGCUUCUGAACAGAAACCCCAUGUUUCACUGUAUAGCCUGAGGUAAAAAUUUGGAGAGUGGAAGGGAGGAAAAGUUGUUACUGGGUUGUGACCUUUUUCCAGUAAACUUUCCACAGUUUGAAGUACAUGGAUUUUUCUAGGUGUUUAAAACGCUAAUUUCCCCCCAAUUCCUCCACCCACCCACCCCUUUUUACCCCUUGUAGCUGUAUAAGUAGUUGAAUAGCAGAUACACUGUUACGGAUUACAACAUCAAAAUAUGUUUUUCUGGAACUUAAAAAAAAAUAAAAGUCCCUCACAUUUUUUUUAAAAAAAGAUGAGAGCUUUUUUUGGUUUGUUUGUUUUUAACAAACAGGUACAAUCAAUUUACUGUAUGGCUAUAAAAAAAAGAAAUGUUUUUUAAAAGUGGUGUCUUGGUUGCAUGUAAAUUGUCCUCCUAUGAGUCUAUAAUUGAGAAGCCCACAGUAGGUGGGAAGACCCUCAGACAUGCAGCUAUAUCUGUCUGUCAGACUGUUUUGUGUUCUCCUUAGAAAUUUGUGUGGAUUUCUUUGUUUUUCUGUUCCUGCAGGGAAUAAGCAGCAAGGGAAUAUAUCCAAACCAUCUUGUUGAAUUUUUAAAAAAUCUUUCCCCGGUUUUUCCCCUUGGUAGAACUUAACACAAAGGUUCCCCUAGAAUAAAACAGUAUAUUUGUAUACGAUG